AAGGUUAUGUUUACGGAUUUCGACAAAAGUUGCUGCACAGUUUCAUUGGUGAGCCCCGGGAAAUUAAGAUAAAGUUGUGGGAGUUGUGAGCAACCAGUUUAUCUUAAUUUAUGUCCAAGAACCGAAAAGACCCGUGUAAGGCAAACGCUUGUCGGAUUCAAUCUUGCUUAAAAGAGAACAAUUACCAAGAAGGCUCGUGCUUAGAUGUUCUCGAAGAUAUGCGACAAUGUUGCUUGAAGUGGCAUGAUCAGUCUUUGUGUUGUUCUGGUAUCAAUUUAGAGAAAAGUUAUUUGCCAAAGAAGUCGGUGGAGACCGGGAAGGAAACCAACCAAAAAGGUGUCAUACCUCAACUAUAGUAAAAAUGGCAUCUUGUUGAGUACAUCUGCCUAUGUACGUAUUUUUGAUUUCUUACAAGUAAGAGUUUGUAUUAAAUUUUACAUGACGAGGACAUGAUUUCUGGAGACAAGACGUGGGUUUAUGAAUUGGACACGCAAUUCAGACCUCAAGCGAGUCAAUAGCGUGCUGCGAAUACCGAGACCGAAAAAGCAUGUAGUUUUCAGUCGAAAAAGAAGCAGAUACUCACGGAUUUGGUCGAUUACAGUGGUAUCGUGCAGAAUUCUGACAUUCAGAUAGUGAAUCAGGAGUAUUAUUUGGUUGUGAUAAGACGUUAUUGUAAAACAAUUGGUCAAAAACGAAAAUAUUUUUGAGGAAGCCACACACG